UCCCUGCCCCUAACCGCCGGCAAUCCCGCAGGAAUGCUGCGCAAGCUGCAGAUCCAGCAGGAGGAGGACCUGCAGGCCGUGGUGGAGGUGGCUGCGCACGUGUUCAGCGACGGGGUGACCAACUGGGGCCGCGUGGUGACCCUGGUGGCCUUCGGGGCCUUCGUGGCCAAGCACCUGAAGAGCAUCAAGCAGGAGCAGAGCAUCGGCUCGCUGGCCGGGAUCAUCACCGACGCCCUGGUCUCCACCAAGAGGGAGUGGCUGGAGAGCCAGGGGGGCUGGGAGGGCUUUGUGGACUUUUUCCGCCUGGAGGACCUGGAGGGCAGCAUCCGGAACGUUCUGAUGGCCUUCGCGGGCGUGGCCGGCCUGGGCGCCAGCCUGGCCUACAUGAUCCGGUGAGCCCGGCCUGCCCGCGCCCCAGGGUCACACUCUGGGGGGACUGGCUCCCCGGGACCCCCAAGAACCAGACUUUGGGGGGACUGGCUCCCCAGGACCCCCAAGAACGAGAUUUUGGGGGGACUGGCUCCCCAGGACCCCCAAGAACCAGACUUUGCGGGGACUGGCUCC